AUGGGGCUUAAGGCUGUAUUUUGUGCUGCUGAUGCUGAGUGUGCCAAAAUGGAAAGAACCACUUUUACAGUACCAGGACUCUUCUUUUGGCAUUGCUCACCUGGAAUAUGGGAAGCUGUAGAAGGUGAUGAUGCUAUGAACGUAAGAAAGCUAGUAAACCAGUGGAGUCGGGUUGAUGUUCAGCAGAAGAAUGGUAAAUCAUUAUUACAGUUAGCAUUAGAAGUUGGUAAUGAAAGUAUUAUUCGUGUUGUUAGUUGUAUCAGACCAUCGAUGAGUUUAUUAACACAACAGAUGCAAAUAAUUGCCAACAGUCGUUAA